UUCAGGAAACGGAUCCAGAAAGACAACAUCACGUUUCACGACAACGGUACCGUGUCGUACCGAGAGUACAGAACGUAUUACUUUGAGCCGACGAUGUCCUCGGGGAACGAGUCCGAAGUCGUCACGAUCCCUAACAUGUUGGUGCUGGGAGCAGCAGGGAUGAUGGAGAACCUUCCCUACGCCGUGCGGUUGAUGAUCAGCGCCACUUUUAAGACCUUCAAAGAGGGGCCCUUCCUCACGAAGACGGUGGGGGACCUGAUGUGGGGCUACGACAGCGGCCUGGUGGACUUCCUGAAUAAAUGGAUGCCGGGUAUGCUGCCCUCAACGGGGAAGUUCGGCCUCUUUGCUGAAUUUAACAACUCCAACACCGGCCUGUUCACCAUCUUCACCGGAAGAGACGACAUCAGGAAGAUUCACCAAGUCGAUUCCUGGAACGGACUGACGGAGCUGAACUACUGGAAGACUCCUCAGUGUAACAUGAUCAACGGAACAGCUGGACAGAUGUGGGCUCCAUUCAUGACCAGAGAGAGCACUUUACCUUUCUACAGCCCCGACGCAUGCAGAUCCAUAGAGCUUGUGUACCAGCGUGACGGGAAGAUGCAGGGAAUCCCUCUCUAUCGAUACGUUGCUCCCAAAACACUGUUUGCUAACGGGACGGAUUACGCUCCUAACGCAGGAUUCUGUCCCUGCAGACAAUCAGGAAUACUGAACGUCAGCAGCUGCAGACACAGUGAGGACUCUUUAAAGUAG